UAUUCAGUGCACACACAGAGGAACCGGAAACGAAACGCUCAUCGUACUCUCGCGUGUUAAUGUUUACAAAAAAGUAGCUCGUGUUUAAAGCCAUUAAAACGAUUCACAUUGGAUAUUUGUGACUCAACAGAAGGAUAUGUCGGACAACGAGGAUAACUUCGACGAUGGCGAUUUUGAUGAUGCCGAAGAGGAUGAGGGAUUAGAUGAUUUGGAAAAUCCUGAAGAUGACGAUCAGGAGAAUGUACAAAUUCUACCGGCAGGGGAGGGUCAGCAGGCCAACCAGAAGAGGAUAACAACGUCAUACAUGACGAAAUAUGAGCGCGCCCGUGUUUUGGGAACGAGAGCGCUUCAGAUAGCGAUGUGUGCACCAGUCAUGGUGGAGCUGGAAGGAGAAACGGACCCCUUACAAAUUGCCAUGAAGGAGCUCAAAUGCGGUAAGAUCCCCAUCAUCAUCCGCCGCUAUCUUCCAGACGGAAGUUAUGAAGACUGGGGCUGUGACGAGCUCAUCAUUAGUGAUUAAGUUUCUUGGACAAGCCACGCUUCUAUCAGCACAUGUACGCCAGAGGUGCUGUUUUCUUCCUUAUUUCAAAUUAUAAAGCCAAUCUUUGAUACAAUGUAUCAAACCUUGAACCCACUAAACCACAUUAAAAAGGAACUCUUCAAAGGGGGAAAGUACCGUAAAACCUUUAGAAAGUCAUGUCUGUAAUUGUGUGAUAUGAUUGUAAAAACUUUUAUUGUUUUGAAUAAACUUAUGAAAUACAUUCAACUUUUAUAUUGUACUAACAACACUUAUACUGUUGGAAAGGUUUGUAAGGGAGUAGUGUUUUCUCAUUUAUUACAGUGCUGGCCAAAAGUAUUGGCACCCCUGCAAUUCUGUCAGAUAGUGCUCAAUUUCUCCCAGAAAAUGAUGGCAAUUACAAAUGCUUUGGUAGUAAUCGUGAUUUAGUUUGCUUGCAAUGAAAAAACAUAAAAGAGUUUGGGGGAAAAAAUCAAAUCAUUAUCAUCUUACACAAAACUCAAAAAAUGUAUUUGCACCCUUUUAAAAAAUCAUGUGAUGCUUCUCCAAUUUGUGUAAUUAACAGUACCUGCUACUUACCUGGGGCACAUAACAGGUGGUGGCAAUAACUAAAUCACACUUGCAGCCAGUUAAAAUGGAUUAAAGUUUACUAUACCUCUGUCCUGUGUCCUUGUGUGUACCACAUUGAGCAUGUAGUAAAGAAAGAAGGUCAAAGAACUGUCUGGGGACUUGGGAAGGGUACAAGUCCAUCUCCAAAGACCUGAAUGUUCCUGUGUCUACCGUGCUCAGUGUCAUCAAUAAGUGUAAAAUCCAUGGCACUAUGGCUAACCUCCCUAGAUGUGAACAGAAAAGAAAAAUUGAUGAGAGAUUUCAACGAAAGAUUGUGCGGAUGGUGGAUAAAGAACCUCAACAUCCAAACAAGUUCAAGCUGUCCUGCAGUCCGAGGGUACAACAGUGUCAACCCGUACUAUCCGUCGGCGUCUGAAUGAAAAGGGACUCUAUUGAAGGAUACCCAAGAAGACCCCACUUAUGAGCCAGAGAUAUUAAAAAACAGGCUGGACUUAGCCAAAACUUACCUCUGCAAGCCAAAAACUUUUUGGAAGAAUGUUCUCUGGUCAGAUGAGACAAAAGUUGAGAUUUUUGGGAAAAAGCACCAACAUAGAGUUUACAAGGGAAAAAAACGAGGCCUUCAAAGAAAAGACGGUUCCCACAGUCAAACAUGGCGGAGGAUCCCUGAUGUUUUGGGGUUGCCCUGCUGCCUCUGUAACUGGACUGCUUGACCGUGUGCAUGGCAUUAUGAAGUCUGAAGACUACCAACAAAUUUUGCAGCACAAUGUAGGGCUCAGUGUGAGAAAGCGGGGUCACCCUCAGAGGUCAUGGGUCUUCCAGCAGGACAAUGACCCAAAACACACUUCAAAAAGCACUAGAAAAUGGUUUAAGAGAAAGCACUGGACACUUCUAAAGUGGCCAGCAAUGAGUCCAGACCUGAAUCCCAUAGAACACCUGGGGAGAGAUCUGAAAAUGGCAAUUUGGAGAAGGCACCCUUCAAAUCUCUGAGACCUGGAGCAGUUGGCCAAAGAGGAAUGGUCUGAAAUUCCAGCAGAGCAUUGUAAGAAACUCAUUUAUGGAUACCGGAAGCGAUUGUUUGUAAUUAUUUCAUCUAAAGGUUGUGCUACAAAGUAAUAGGCUGAGGGUGCCAAUACUUUUUGUUCGGCCCAUUUUUGGAGUUUUGUGUAAAAUGAUAAUGAUUUAAUUUUUUUUUUCAUUCUCUUUUGUGUUAUUUCAUUGGGAGCAAAAUAAAUGAAGAUAUUACUACCAAAGCAUUUGCAAUAUCAUUUUCUAGGAGAAAUUGAGCAUUAUCUGACAGAAUUGCAGGGGUGCCAAUACUUUUGGCCAGCACUGUAUCUACAUAAAACUUAAUUUGAGCAUACUCCCGUACAAAAGAAAGAUGUUAGGAAUACAACAACACGAUGGCUGAUAGUUAUUUAGUGUUUGGACAAUUCCAUUUAGUGCUGCCCAAAUAGCCCUUGAGCUGUUGACAUAGUCAUGAAGUGGAGAAGAGGAGUGACAAACAAAGUUUCUAUUGCAAGACCUGCGCUAGUUAUUGUGUCGGAAAUUGCCAAAUGGAUUUUUGGUUUUGUUUUUUUUACAAUUCAUGCUCCAAUUCCCUGUUCGGUAUUGGUUUUAAUGCCAGUUUUUAAAAUGCUCGUAUUUGGAGGUUUUCAUGAUUGAAGGCUUUUGUCACCCUUGUGGCCAUCAGUGUUUAACCCCUUGAUGCUUGAAUUUACAUUUAACUCUGUGUCAUUAAUGAUGCAAAUUUUUCACGAGUAGAAGUCCAAUCCAUUUGAAGUGAGAGGGUGGCAGCGAAUAAAUCAUUCGCUACCAUCCUCGCACUUCAUAUGGAUUGAACGUCAAGGGCCAUCAAUGGCAGCCAAACUGUUAACAAAUAUACAUAAAGCAUUGGGGGAAUGCAUAAGCACAGAAAAUGUAGUAUUGAUUUAAAAAAAAAAAAUACUGAAAUUGAAAAAUUCAGCUUAAAAAAUAAAACGUUAAAUAAAUGAAUUUAAAAAAAAAACCUGACUUGAAAAUAAAAAAUAAAUUAUUUUUUAAAUUAUAAAUUGGGGAAAAAUAAA